CACAUGUUUUGUAUUGAUAUGAUUUUCAAAUAAAUAUCAAAAUGUCUAAUAAACCUUGUUCUUCGUCGUCUUCUUUUUCUUCAGCACCUUCAGCACCUUCACCAGCUACACCUCAAAUUGAUCCAAUUGUGCUCAAAUGUGAAACCUUCAUUAAUGAACAACUCCGAAAUGAUCUUAAAAUUAUUCAUAUGAGACAAGAGAAUAUUCAUGUUCAAUUAAAUAAUUUUGAUGAUCUCAAGUCAUUCAUCAUUGAAUUGCAAAAUACCUCUUUUGGUCCAGGUAAAUCUAUAAAAACUCAAAUUGAUGUUGGCCAUAAUUUUUACAUGAGAUGUACUAUACCUUGUACGCAAAAGAUUACAGUCUUCGUAGGACUUGGGUUUUAUCUUGAAUUCACCUUAGAGGAAGCAUUGGAUUUUAUUACCAAGAGGUCAAAAUUUCUUAAUAGCUGUCUUGAGAAAUUAUCUGACCAAGCUUAUAAAGUUAAAGCUCAUAUUAAAGUAAUUCUUGAUACGCUAAGUUAUCUUCAAGGAAUUACUGAUAAGGACGUUAACGAGGAAGAGUGCUGUUGUUAACAGAUACCCAAAUAUCAUAAUUAUUACAUUUCGUUUAUUUUUUUCUGAAAAUCAAUUUUAAGACGAAUCAGUGAAAGAUAAAAUGAUUGAGCUACCAAACUCUCCAGAAUCUACAAAUCUUCUGAUUGGUGUCACUGGCAGUGUUGCUGCGAUUAAGAUACCUAUUUUGCUUGAGAAACUUAUGAAUUUGCCAUUGAACAUUGUAAUUGUUGGAACUAAUCAUUCAUUCCAUUUCUUCGAUUUACAAGAGAUUAAAGAAAAGUACAAGACUGUUAAGAUUUUCACUGAUGAUCAAGAAUGGUCCUCUUGGAAACAAAUGUCCGAUCCUGUUUUGCACAUUGAACUCCGUAAAUGGGCUGAUAUUAUGUUGAUUUCUCCAUUGGAUGCUAAUACUUUAGCCAAAAUCUCUUCUGGUAUUUGUGAUAACUUAUUAACUUGUAUAGCCCGUGCCUGGGAUCUGCAAAAGCCUUUAUUAUUUUGUCCAUCUAUGAACACAUUCAUGUGGGAACAUCCAGUCACAUCUGAAGCUAUUAGAAAGCUUGAGACAUGGGGUUACACUUUGAUUCCAGUUGUUUCCAAAAAGCUUGCUUGUGGUGAUAUUGGACCUGGAGCUAUGGCUGAAGUCGACACCAUUAUUGCCCAAAUAAAGUCACUAGUAUAGAGAAAGUCCAUUAAUUCUGAUCCAUCUUCUCAUAUUUAAAUUGCCGUUAAUCGAACCAAUCCAGUCUAAAUUGGAACAAGUCUUUUAAAAAUUAAGGCUCAAUUUGACUUAUUUAAAUAUUUGAUUAGCUUUUUCUCUUCUUUCAUAGUUGAGAAUCAAUCAAGAAUCAACUCCUAGAAAUUGCUAUUAUUCGUAUUAUUUUAGAGAGACAAAUUUUCAAACAUUAACCUUUACCGAGUAACUCUAUUUUAUCAAUACUAACUAUUCAUAAUGUUAUUACUUUAUUACUUUGAAUAAAAAUACUUGAAAUUAAUCAAA